AUGCCCGUCUAUAUCAUCGAUGGGGAAAACCCCGAGUCCGACGAGUCCCCCCCGACCGUCGCCAAAGGCUAUUACGCCAAUUUCUCGCCCUGCGAGAUGAAACCUUAUCUGUCGGGUAAUUGUCCAACCUCUCCCACUGAAGCUCAAAUAGAUGAUAUCCUCCGGCCUAUACGGCCUGAGGCACUGCGUACUUGCGCUCACAAUACCGGUGCUGAAGCGGGAUGCUGGCUUCGUCUCUGUUACACCAAUGAAGAGGGCCAUGAGUCACUAUGGUCUGCCAAUGAAUCCGCAGAGUGGGUUACUUAUGAGGGGGUAGUGCUCGAUGAUGAAAGUAUUUUUGGAGGACUUGAUUUGGCAGCCACCCUUGAAAUAUAUCCGGAGCGUAUCGCGAAUGAGCGUGUUGAUCUUGAGCUUAAAGAGCAAAGCCUCAGGGAGGCCGUUGAAUAUGCCGAAGAGGGCCAGUUGGAUGACAACCCCCUAGAGAGGUAG